AUGUACGAAUUAAAUCCCGAUUACUUGGAAAAAACUAUGUUAGUCAAAAAGGCGUUGCAAAACCAGCUCGACAAACUGGGCCAGACUGCAGCUCAAAUGCUUAUAGUCGUAGCAGGAGCUAACGUUGUAUGGACAUCGCCUGCUUUAAUUAAACUUUAUUCAAAUGACACGCAGAUAAACCCAAUUCGAAGACCUAUAAAAGCAGGGGAAGUUUCCAUGAUAGCAGGAAUUCCAUCUUUAAUUAGCUUAGCUGGUACUAUGAUGUUACCUAAACUAUCUGACGUUUUAGGAAGAAAAAAGUAUUUGCAGCUUAUUGGAUUGGGGACGCUUAUAGCUGGUAUAGCAUUAGCUUUUAGUUCGGAAGUUAUUUAUAUAAUCCUAUCAAAAUCUUUACUCAGUUUUGUUUUAUCCGGUGCUUGGACUAUUGUACCAGUAUAUGUAGCUGAAAUUUGUGAAAAUCACAAUAGAGCUAAAUUUGGUUGCUUCUUAGGACUCUUUCACGAAAUUGGCCAUUUCUACGCUUACGUUGUAGGUCCUCUUUUUUCUCUAAAGAAUUUCACUUUGAUAAUAACUGCACCAGCAUUGCUUUUCCUUAUGAUCUUCAUCAUAGUUCCCGAAAGUCCCAUCUAUUUAAUGUCGAAAGGCAAAGAGGAAGAGUGUAAAGAAGCCUUGAGGAAAUUCAGAAAUAAUAAAAAUGAAGAAGAAUUAGAAAAUGACUUUCUUCAUAUAAAAAAAACUUUAAAUGACAGAGCUGAUGCUAAAAAAGAUAACGUAUUAGAUUUGUUUAAAAAAAGAGAGAAUAGAUUUGCUUUAAUGUUGGCUUUACUUCCGUUAUUAGUUCAGCAUUUUUGUGGUAUGUCGGUUAUAAUGGCCUAUUUGGCACCGAUUUUUAAUGCAGCUGGUACCGGUAUCUCAGGGAACAUCGCUGCAAUUAUUGUUUCGAUGGUCAAGUAUACUAAUUCAGCUUUACUAGACUCUUUAAAGUGGCUUCCUUUACUAGCAGUGCUAUGUAACGUCAUCAUAUAUUCAAUGGGUAUCGGUCCAGUUCCAAUGGCACUUAUCAGCGAACUGUUCCCGUCUGAUCUUAGAGCUGCUUCCAGUGCUGUUAUAAACACAGUGGUUAAUAGUGUUGUAUUCGGUUUAACUGCUGGUUUUCCGCUGAUAUCUGAAGCAUUUGGAAUCCAUUGCUCUGUAUGGCUGUUUGCUUUAUGUUGCUUUCUUGGAGCAGUUUUAAUUUAUUUCUUUAUACCAGAAACGAAAGCUCAAAUGCUCGCAGUUGUAGCAGGUUCUAACGUUGUAUGGACAUCGCCUGCUUUGUUAAAACUUACUUCAAAUGACACGGAGAUAAAUCCACUUGGAAGACCUGUAACAACAAUAGAAAUUUCCAUGAUAGCAGGAAUACCGUCUUUAAGUGCUUUAGUUGGUACUAUGGUUUUACCCCAACUAGCUGAUGUGAUAGGAAGGAAAAAGUAUUUGCUGCUCAAUGGAUUGGGAAUGCUUAUAGCUGGUGUAUCAUUAGCUUUUAGCACAACAAUUAUUUAUAUAAUCAUAACAAAAUCUUUUCUAAGUUUCUUUGCAUGCGGUGCUUGGACUAUUUUACCAGUAUAUGUAAUUGAAAUUUGCGAAAAGCACAAUAGAACUAAAUUCGGUUGCUUCAUAGGGAUAUUUCACCAAAUUGGACAUUGCUACGUUUACUUCGUAGGACCUCUUUUUUCUUUAAGGAUUUUCACUUUAAUUAUAUUAACACCGGCACUAGUUUUUCUCAUGAUCUUCGCCAUAGUUCCCGAUAGUCCCAUUUAUUUAUUGUCGAAAGGUAAAGUGAAGGAGGGUAAAGAAGCCUUAAGAAAAUUUAGAAAUAAUAAAAGCGAAGAAGAGUUAGAAUUUGAGUUUGUACAUAUAAAAAAAAUUGUAAAAGACAGGGCUGAGGCUAAAAAAGCUACCAUGUUGGUUUUGUUUAGGAAAAGACAGAAUAGAAUAGCUUUGAUAUUGGCUUUACUUCCGUUAAUAGUUCAAAAUUUUUGUGGUAUAUCAAUUAUAAUGGCCUUUUUGGCACCGAUUUUUAAUGCAGCUGGUACCAAUAUUUCAGGGAAUAUCGCUGCUGUUAUAGUUUCGAGUGUAAAAAUAUCGUGUUUCGUUUUUACCUCUUUCGUUAUAGAUAAAUUUGGUAGAAGGCGAAUGCUACUGAUUUCAUCAGCAGGUACUGGUGUUCCAUUUAUUGCAUUAGCUCUGUAUUUCUAUUUGAAAUAUACUAAUUCUUCUUUGUUAGACUCUCUGCAGUGGCUUCCUUUAAUUGCAAUGCUGGCUCUCAUCAUCAUGUAUUCAGUGGGUCUUGGUCCAGUUCCACCGGCUCUGGUCAACGAGCUCUUUCCACACGAUCUUAGGGCAGCUUCUAGUGCUAUUAUAAACACAAUGGUCAAUAUUAUUGUAUUUAGCUUAAAUGUUAGUUUUCCGUUGAUUUCUCAAGCGUAUGGAAUUCAUUGCUGUUUAUGGAUAUUUAGUUCAUUUUGCUUUAUUGGUGCUAUUUUAAUUUAUUUAUUUUUACCAGAAACUAAAGGCAGGAGCUUUAAGGAGAUACAGGAAAUGUUAAAUAACUAUUAACGGCUUUAGAAACAAUAAACAUGUAUAUGUAUUAU